AUGUCGCUCGUCGCGCACGGAGAGUCCUCACGGAAGAUCGGUGGUGGACUGUUCGUGUACCCGCAACUGACGAUGAUGAACUACACAUGUUGGGUGAUCCGGGUGCAGGCCAUGAUGGAGGACCAAGGAGUGUGGGAGGCGAUCAAACCGACGGCCGGAGAGGUUGUCGACACGAAGAAAGACAAGAAGGCACGGUCGCGUCUUCUUCAGGCUCUCCCGGAGGACCUUCUCAUGCAGGUUGCAUCCAAGAAGCCAGCAAAGGAGGUUUGGGACUGCCUCAAGGCAAGGUUCGUAGGCGCAGAUCGUGUCAAGGAGGCACGUCUGCAGACGUUGAAGAGUGAUUUCGAUGCACUGCGUAUGCAAGAAGGGGAGACUCUUGAUCAGUACGCCAGGAAACUUACCAACAUGGCGGUCCGGUAUGCCAACCUGGGUGGUAGCCUGGAUGACACAACUUUCGUGAAAAAGUUGUUCGACACCAUACCUGAGCAUUUCGUCACUGUGAUCGCCGGCAUCGAGCAGUUCUACGAUUUGAAGAAGCUACUUUUUGAGGAGGCAGUAGGUCGGCUGAAGUCCUACGAGGAGCGUACACGACGGGUAUCUGGCGGCACCAUCGGUGAUGGUCAGCUCCUCCUCACUCGAGUUGAGUGGGAGGCGCGGCAGAAGAAGGAGUCAGCGGAUUCCUCGGGAAGAGGGAAGUCACCUGAGAGCAGCCGCGACCGGGGUAGCCUUGGGCGUGGUAAAGGGAGAGGACGUGGCAGCCGCGGGAGUGUGCCAGGGAAGGACUGCUCCAGUGGCUCUAGCGGCAGGGGACUGCAAGGCACCCAAGAAAGAAGAAGAGGCACACUCACGCUAGGUGACGACACAGCGCUGGCUCUCUUACUCGUAGUAUCAGAUGAACUAACAUUGACUGUGCGGACGCGGGAGGAACAACGGGACAUUGGUUUCCUCAAUGAAGAGAAGGUGUUCCCGGAGCUACACCUUGUUGAAGAAGAUGCGGGCACCAGUGAUUUCUGGUACAUUGACAACGGGGCCAGCAGUCACAUGACCAGAGACAAGGAAAAGUUCCACGAACUAGAUAAAAGUGUCACCGGGAAAGUAACAUUUGGAGAUAGAUCCACAAUUGAAAUCAUGGGAAAGGGGUCCAUUAUGUUUAUCUGCAAGAAUGGGGAAUAUUGGCUUCUCCAGGAGGUAUACUAUAUACCAAGGCUUCGCAGCAAUCUCGUGAGCCUUGGCCAACUCACCGAGAUAGGCUGCAGGGUGGUGAUGAACGAAGACGAGCUAAAGAUGUACGACAAACUCCAUCUGCAGCUGAUCAUGAAGGUGAAGCGUUCGUCGAACUGUCUCUAUCGCAUCAAACUAGAGCAGGCGAGGCCGGUUUGUAUGCUGAUGAACAUCGACGAUCCAGCAUGGCUCUAG